CCGACAACACUUACUUCAUUCAUCCACUACAAAGCACUCGGCAAUAUCAUUAUAACAUGCCACUAUCACAAGGUAGUAGUAGCAUUCCUCCGUAUCGGACGACUGUGCAGAGCACCGAUGAAGUGACUCCAGUCGAAGUGGAUCCUUUGGAAACGGCCAAAUGGACCAACAGCAUCCCCGAAGCAUUUGGCCUUCGAGAGGCCAUCCGAGCAUCCAGUUAUCGGUGGUGUGCACGGGAAGCUGGAAUGUGGGGAAUUGCCACUGGAACCGCCAUGACCAUACAUCGACUGCGCAUGGGAUCCAACACCCGUUUUGCCGUCAACGUUGGCAUGUUGGCAUUCAUGACUGUAACGGGAGGAUCCUAUUAUUUUUGCUGUCGUCGUAGAGACCAUCGAGAGAGGGUAGUGGAAGCCAUGAUGAAGUUGAAUGCGUUUGAACAUGCCUCCCAAAUGCCAUCCGAAACUCCACUGGAGCAACAUCCCUUUGCCAAACCUGGAUCGGCACUGCCGGAUCAAGAAUUCAGAGGUCUGCUCAAAGAAAACAAGGAGUGGCAACCACGAGAAGUCAACAAGGACAUGAAGGAUGUCUUUACAGAGAAGAGGCCGUGAAAUGAAUAGAUUAUGAAGGAGCAUUCCACACAGACACCAAUUCGCUACUAUUGUUCGAGGAAUGGGUUCUACGCUUGGGGAUCCAUUCAAACAUUUAUUUGUGCACCCUUCAGAUAUUAUGGGUUCCAGGAUGGGUUCCACGCAAUUAAAUAGGCUGUGCUAGCUAGAAGAUGACUGCAAAUGGAACAAGGCGACUUUGUAAGUGCUGCUGCUGCUACCAAGAGAGUGGUGGAGAGCAACAGCUUAUAGAGACGAAGAGUAGUAGCAAACGAUGUUGGGUUCAAGUCAGAUCCGAUUGGUGACGAUUUCUUAAUUAAAUUGACUGACUCUAUUCGACGGCGCCGCAUCAAUUUUGAUUGAUUCAUGAAGGGGACAACUAUGACAGAUGCUA